AAGAGGCUAGUGGGGGGGGGGAGGGAAGAAGAGGAGGAUCGCAGCAGGGGUGAAAGGAAGAGACGCCAAGAGGUUUAUCCAGCCGACUCUGGAUUCGUCUCCAGCGUGCGCAGGAAUGGCGGCGCUGCCCGGCGCGGUCCCCAGGAUGAUGAGACCCGGCCCGGGGCAGAACUACCCGCGCACCGGCUUCCCCCUGGAAGUGUCCACCCCUCUUGGCCAAGGCCGGGUCAAUCAGCUUGGUGGGGUCUUCAUCAACGGGCGACCUCUGCCGAACCACAUCCGUCACAAGAUAGUGGAAAUGGCCCACCACGGCAUCCGGCCCUGCGUCAUCUCCCGUCAGCUCCGUGUUUCCCAUGGCUGUGUCUCCAAAAUUCUGUGCCGGUACCAGGAGACUGGGUCCAUCCGGCCUGGGGCUAUCGGUGGCAGCAAGCCCAGACAGGUGGCGACUCCGGAUGUGGAGAAAAAGAUUGAGGAGUAUAAGAGAGAGAACCCCGGCAUGUUCAGCUGGGAAAUCCGGGACCGGCUGCUGAAGGACGGUCACUGUGACCGAAGCACAGUACCCUCAGGUUUAGUGAGUUCGAUUAGCCGAGUGCUCAGAAUCAAGUUCGGGAAGAAAGAGGACGAUGAGGAAGGAGACAAGAAGGAAGAAGAUGGCGAGAAAAAAGCCAAACACAGCAUCGACGGCAUCCUGGGCGACAAAGGGAACCGCCUGGAUGAGGGCUCAGACGUGGAAUCAGAACCCGACCUCCCCCUGAAGCGCAAGCAGCGUCGCAGUCGGACCACGUUUACAGCUGAGCAGCUGGAGGAGCUGGAGAAGGCCUUCGAGAGGACCCACUACCCGGACAUCUACACCCGGGAGGAGCUGGCGCAGAGGACCAAGCUCACAGAGGCACGCGUCCAGGUCUGGUUCAGUAACCGGCGUGCCCGCUGGCGCAAGCAGGCAGGAGCUAACCAGCUGGCCGCCUUCAACCACCUUCUGCCGGGAGGUUUCCCACCUACCGGCAUGCCCACGCUGCCACCCUAUCAGCUGCCGGACUCCACCUACCCUACCACCACCAUCUCCCAAGAUGGGGGCAGCACAGUACACAGGCCCCAGCCCCUUCCACCAUCAACCAUGCAUCAGGGUGGGCUGGCUGCGGCUGCUGCAGCAGCUGACACCAGCUCUGCCUACGGAGCCCGCCACAGCUUCUCCAGCUACUCCGACAGCUUCAUGAACCCCGGGGCCCCCUCCAACCACAUGAACCCUGUCAGCAAUGGCCUGUCUCCUCAGGUGAUGAGCAUCCUUAGCAACCCGAGCGCUGUGCCUCCACAGCCCCAGGCCGACUUCUCCAUCUCCCCACUGCAUGGAGGCCUGGACUCCGCUUCCUCCAUCUCAGCCAGCUGCAGCCAGCGGACCGACUCCAUCAAGCCAGGAGACAGCUUGCCCACCUCCCAGUCUUACUGCCCACCCACCUACAGCACCACUGGCUACAGCGUGGACCCUGUGGCUGGCUACCAGUACAGCCAGUAUGGCCAAACUGCUGUUGAUUACCUGGCCAAAAAUGUAAGCCUGUCCACACAGCGCCGUAUGAAGCUUGGAGAACACUCAGCUGUGCUGGGACUUCUUCCUGUGGAAACGGGACAAGCCUACUAGGGUCCCUGGGUCCCUGGGUCAACUUGCCCCAUCCAGUGGCCCAGCCUAGCCCUUCCCAAGCCCCGAGUCUCCUCACCUCAGUCCCCUCCUCCCCCUGGGGUCACAGGAGGCCAGGGAAGAAACCCGUUCCCUUUCUAUAGGCAGCCCUCUGGAGACAGCCAGCCAGUGUGCCAUUCUCCCAUGACUAGUGACCCAGAGUGGCCUCCUGCCUCCCCCGCUUUCUCCAGAGGGGUUCCUAGGCAUCCUGCAGUGAUCUCCAGCUCACACUCACCUUCCAGCAUCAUGGCCUUGUCCUGUCUCAGUGCAGAGACUGAGACUGAAUCUGAACCAAGCACCUAGUUAUCAGAAGAAAAUGGUGCCAAAGACCCCUGAGUCCUGGGUGCCCUGGCCACAGGUGCAGGUGGAGCUUAUGGGUGUCCUCGGUCACAGAACUGGGAGCUCUCUCUUGCUUGUCAUCAGGACUGCAGCCUCUUUCCCUGGACACUGGGAUGAGUCUCCGGGGUGUUCCCAGGGGAGAAAGCAGGAAAUAUCUCAGCUUUCCCUAGGAAUCCAGAGGAUUUGGGGACUGUCCCUAUUCACCCUGCUGGCCAUCAGGAGACCAGAAAGAGAUUCUAGCAGAGGGUAGGGAGCACAGAGGCAGAUGUGUUGUUGGCUAUGGGCUAUCCCAGAAUGCCUGGUCCCGGGUCCAGCAUCAGGAGGUGCAGGAAUCCUAGGUUGCAAUCUGACGGAGGCUUGCCCACUGUGUCAGGCCUGGGUAGCUCACAGAACCUGUUAGUCUCCUCAACUGGUAAGAGAAGAGAAGGUCUUGAGGUGACAGGAGGCACAAGGCAGGCUCAGAUGGUCUGAGUGCACCGAGCUUUCAAGUCCGCACCCCUGGAGUUCUGCACACCAUCUUGCUUGCAGCUGGGAACCUGCCUCACGCAUGCUGGCCCCCUGAAAAGGGGCCUCCAUCUUCCAGCAUGUAAGGCUCUUGAUGCCACUGGAUGCAGACAAAAGAUGGGUGCACCCGGAGAAGAUGCUCCAGUCUUCUUGGCAUCUCGGUGGAAGGCCGUGUCUCUGUCCUUUUUGGAGUAGUGUUUUUCACUGAUGGAUGCUCUGUCAGGAGGCUUCUGUCAGGAAGCACAGUGCUCCUUGGGCACUGAUUCUAAGCCACUCCAUCUUACCCCCUGGGGACAGAGGAAGAUGCGAAACGUCCUAGCAAAGAGGACAAGGCACCUUCCUUAAGCACUCCAGAGUCUUCCUUGCACCCCCACCCUCUCUUAGAGCUGGGUCUUUUGGGGAAAAUGGAUUGCUGAGGCCCCCCCAGUUCUCUCCUCUGUGGAGUUCUUUAUCACCCUCUAUUUAUCAAAAUUGCAUCCAUCUUUACCCUCUCGCUCGCUAUAGCCUACACCCGGACCACCCUCAUCCAGUGCUGAUACCCCACAGCACUAAAUCCAGGAACCCUGGGCCUGAUCACUUGUUGCCACCUGUACACAUGAAACCACUUGCUGGCCCAGCCCAUGCCUCCUGCCCUCAGCCAGCAAGACAUUCCUAGAGAGAGGGGCUAUGGGCUCAAAAGCCCCACCUGAUUUCCUUUUGCCUGGGGACCUGAACGGGCAAGACACCGGGAGACUUGUCUACAUGAACACAUGACCAGUGUGCACCUAUUUCUCAUGUCUAGACCUAUCCUCUGAAGCCUGUUCCAGGCCACUCAUGACUUGGAUGGCUUGUCUCUGCGGUUUAGAGAAGUCCGUUAAUAACUGAGGGCAAACUGACUCUCGGGUAGCAUGGAGCACCAGGUAGAUGGAGCUCCUCAGCUCAGUCCGGGUUUCAAGGGAGGAGACUUUGGGGCUCUUCAAGAUCUGGACAAGAGGAAAGCCAUGUUGCCCACCUUGGGAACCCAGGUUCCCCUUUGGAACUUCUCACAGCUGCAAGCAUCCCUUUUGAAGACCAAAUGCAUCUUCCUCCACAUUCCUUGCCCCCUGGAGGCCUGGCUCUGGAUACACCUGAGUCUCCAUCCGCCUACUAGGCUUUAGGAGCAGGGACUUCAAGCAGGUGACAUCCACAGGGCCCAGUCCCAGCCAAGGGAGCAACAUUCCAACUUGGGACCAAUCGCAAUGAUCUGCCCGUAAGGAUAACCGCAACUAGAGACCUGCUUGGGAGAAAAUGAAAUGACUUCUCAUUCCACGCCAUGCCUCUGAACGCUCCCCCAAGCUGCCAUCUUGGUAUAAAAUGGGACUUGUGUUCUGGGGGAACCCUUGACCCCAGCAGAUUUCCCCAACUAUCUCGUGCUUUUGUGAGUCUGUCUACUUUAAUCUGUAACACUCAGCCCGUUUGGGCAGCUUGCAACUUCACCAGUGAAGUGACAUCGAUUAGAUAAGAGGCACCAGGCCUCUCCACCGUCCCUCUGGGGCCGUCUCUCUGGGGUCGAGCAGAGCCUAGAAGGCUGGUUUCCAGUGGCCAGGCUGGACCAGAAAUAGCCCCGACCGCAAUUCCUGUAAAUAGAGUCAAUAGAAAGAUAAGAGGGGCGCCCUCCAUCUCACCUCAAGUAGCUACUGGUUCCUUUGUGGAGGCCCCUCCUGAACUCAUUGUAUGGUAGUUGAAAAUGUGAUGUUGUGAUGUUUGUUUAUAGGACAUUGGCUUUUUAUAUAUAAAUCUAUAUGCUUAAAAACAAAACAAAAAAAAAAAUGGAAAGAAGCCCCCACAGUGUGUGUCGUGCUAGUGCCGGGGACCGUCUGUAGGGAUCUCACUGUGUGUUUGGAUUAUGUAUUCCAGCCUUUUUGGGGGUUCCUUCUUUUUUUUUUCUUUGUCAUUUCCCUACUCCCAAUUUGUUUUUUUCUCUCUUGCUAUGAAAAUGAAAGAGAUGGCUUUAAGAGCCAAACUUCUACUCUCUACUUUAUACUCAGUUUAACUUUGCCCUUCUUUUAGGGGACCAGGAAAGAGCACAGGAAACAGAAAUUGAGAAGCAAAGAGGAUAGGAGAGAAGAGUGAGGGAAGGAACUGGUGGGGGAGACGGGAGAACAGGGUGGUUUCACAGCCAGAUGAUGGCUGUGGCCCAAGACGCUCCACCAGAGUCUGGUAUUGUUUCGCAUGGAAACGGUAGAACGUCCUAAGACGUGGAACUAAGCCUUGGUGAGGGAGUCCACAGUUGCCAUAAGACGGUAAGUCUUCUACGAGGCUCCGAUUUUUCCCAGGCUCCUGGAAAUGUCUCUCCCUGAGGGAUGCUUCUCUAAGGCACUCAAGCAUCCCUCACCUUCUACAGAAGCACCAAGCCAAGGCCAAAUGGGGGUACCUGGGCCACCAUGUUGAAAUGCUUCAAGAUACCUGUACAUUUAAUGUUUCCUCUAUCUACACGGACGUGGGCAGCCCCCUGCUGGGAAAAUACCACCCUGUGCAGGAGAACAUUCCUUUUUCCUAGUGACUGCAACAUUGUUGCUUCAGUGUUUGGCUCAGACAUUUCUCCGUGCAAAGUGAGUGUGUGUGCAUGAGGGGUGUGAGUGGGAUGUGCGCGUGCGUGGGUGGGUGGGUGUCUAACUAUAACCGCACCAUAAUUUAUUCAGCUAUAUGGAGUAGUAGACUAGAAAGACAAACUGGUAUUUGCUUUAACUACCUGCUGCUUGUAAGCGCUGCCUCUGUAACUCAGGCAUAACUGUUACACAUUAAAAGAAAUUAAAAACAUUGUGAA